CUUCACCUGGACACUAACUAUGGGGUGGACAACUCUGUGGUUGUGUGUUCUCGCUCUGCCACUAACGAGCGCCAUCCAGGUGAAAGCCAGGAAAGCGCGCCAGUCCAACCAUGUGAACAGCAUCUGCAGCACCUGGGGCAGAGAGCACUUCAAGACCUUCGAUGGAGACGUGUACCAGUUCCCAGGGACGUGUGAAUACAACCUGGCCUCCGACUGCCACUCUGAGUCCUACCAGGAGUUCUCUGUGCACCUGAAGAGGAACGAGGCUACUGAGGCUGAGGGGAACCCUACGGUCAAACACGUAGUGGUCACUAUCAACGACCUGGUCUUCCACCUGACCAAGACUCAGGUCGCGGUCAAUGGAGAAAUUGUAACUCUGCCGUACUACAACGGAGGAGUCCAACUGGAGAGGAAUGCAGUUUACACCAAACUCUACUCCAAGGUUGGCCUGGUUGUCAUGUGGAACGGAGAAGAUGCCGUCAUGGUGGAGCUGGACACGGAGUAUACCAACCGUACCUGUGGUCUCUGUGGAGACUUCAAUGGCCUUCCAGUCCACAAUGAGUUUGUUCAUAACGGUCGUAAAGUGAGCCCCAUUGAGUUUGGAAACAGACAGAAGGUCCACAGGCCCAACGAGGACUGUGAAGACCCCUAUGAAGAGGAAGAGGAAGAUGAACCUGCAGACGUUCAGCCUAAAGAGGACACAUGCAAGGAGUUUCAUGCCCAGUGUGACCAGCUCCUGCGCUCGCCGUUGUGGAGCUCCUGUGGUGCGGUCGUGAACGCUGAGCCCUACAUCCAGGCCUGUGUUCAGGACCUGUGUGGCUGCAGCAACACUUCUGACAGCUUCUGUGUCUGCAGCACCCUGGCAGAGUACUCCAGACAGUGCUCCCACGCCGGGGGACAGCCCCCCCACUGGAGAACAACAGCCUUCUGUGAGAAGCAGUGUCCGUUCAACAUGGUCUAUCUGGAGAGUGGCUCUCCCUGCAUGGAUACCUGUACCCACUCAGACACCAGCUCACUGUGUGAAGAACACCUGAUGGACGGCUGCUUCUGCCCUCACGGGACUGUGUUUGAUGACAUCUCAAAGAGGGGGUGUGUCACUCAGGACCAGUGUCAGUGCAAACACGACAAAGUUUACAACUCUGGAGAAGUAUUCAGACAGGACCGUGAGGAAUGUGUCUGUCAUCAUGGUCAGUGGUCCUGUAAAAGUCUGCCCAGCCCUGCUACAUGUGCCGUUGAGGAGGGUUCACACGUGACGACCUUCGAUGGGAAAGCGUUCACCUUCCAUGGGGACUGUUACUACCCCUUAGCCAAGGUGGAAAGCAAGGAUGAAGCCAGUCCAAAGUUCACUGUACUGGUCCAGCUGGUUCCCUGUAUAAGACAGAAGUUUGACACUUGCCUCAAGAGUGUUGUGGUCUUGCUAAACAAUGAUAGAAACAACGCUUUGGUGAUUACCGCCGAUGGGAAAGUCAGCCACAAUGCACAGAUCACUCUGCCUUACAACACAGCUGACAUCAGUGUGUUCAAGCCCUCAUCCUUCCACAUGAUGCUCCAGACCAGCUUUGGGCUGCAGGUUCAGAUCCAGCUGGUCCCCAUCAUGCAGGUCUAUGUCACCCUGGACGAGAGCUACAAGACCAAGACACAAGGUCUGUGUGGGAACUUCAACAAGGUUCUGUCUGAUGACAUGAAGACCCCCCAGGGUAUGGUGGAGGGAACAGCCUCUUCAUUUGGGAACUCCUGGAAGGCUAAUCCUACCUGCAGAGACAGAGAGGAGAGGCUGGACGACCCCUGCUCCCUCAGUGUGGAGAAUGAGAACUAUGCUAAACAUUGGUGCUCCAUGCUAAGAAGUUCUGACAGCCCUUUUGCCAAGUGCCAUGCCAUGGUGGACCCCGAGCUUUACUACAAGCGAUGCACGUAUGCUAGCUGCAACUGUGAGAAGAGUGAAGACUGCCUGUGUGCCGUCUUCUCCUCUUAUGUGCGAGACUGUGCUACCAAGGGAGUGGUCCUGUCGGGCUGGAGAGAGAACGUGUGUGACAAAUACAUUGGUAACUGCCCAGCGUCUCAGACCUACUCUGACCAGCUCCAGAGAUGUCAGCUGACCUGUAGCUCCCUGGCCAGCAAAAGCCAGGGUUGUACCAAUGACUUCCUCCCCGUGGACGGUUGUUCUUGCCCGGACGGACUUUACAUGGAUGAUAGGGGCACCUGUGUACCCAUGGACAAAUGCCCCUGCUUCCACAACGGGGUCCACAUCAAGCCUGGGAAGUCCAUCAACAUUCAGGAGGAGCACUGUGUCUGCAACAAUGGGAAGCUUCACUGCCGUUCCUGGAAGAUGCGUUCAGAGAGUACCUGCCAGUCGCCGAAGGUGUUCUUGAACUGCUCCAAUGACCUGGGAGUACAGUGUACACGGAGCUGUAGGAACCCGGAUUUCAUGGACUGUUUCUCCGCAGAGUGUGAGUCUGGGUGCAAGUGUCCCACGAGUCUGUGGGAGGAUGGGAAAGGCAUGUGUGUGAAUAAACAUGAAUGCCCAUGCAGCCAUGACGGAUUCCUUUACGCCCCAGGAAAACAGAUCCCAAACGGAUGUAACACUUGCACCUGUAAGAGUGGGAAAUGGGAGUGCACAGAUAAGAAGUGCCCAGGAACCUGUACCAUCUACGGCAGUGGCCAUUACAAAACCUUUGAUGAGCGCACGUAUGGCUUCCAAGGAAAAUGUGGCUAUGUGGCUGUCCAGAACAAAUGUGGGAACCGGCCUGUCCAGGACAAAUUCAUGGUGAUCACAGAGAACAUACCGUGUGGAACCACAGGCACCACUUGCUCCAAGUCUGUUAGGGUUCAACUGGGGAGAACAGAGCUGAAACUAUCAAAGGGGACCCAUGAAGUGGUGGACCUAGGAGUGGGCUCUCAGAUCCAGUACCGAGUGAGGACCGUCGGUCUGUACCUGAUUGUUGAGUCAGACAUCGGGAUCGCAGUGCUGUGGGACCGCAAAACUACCGUCCGCAUCGUCCUGGAGCCACAGCAUAGUGGAGCAGUGUGCGGCCUGUGUGGGAACUAUAAUGGAGAAGGCAGAGAUGACUUCACCACACAAGGUCAGAUGAUAGUCAGCAGCCCUGUGGAGUUUGCUAACAGCUGGAAAGUGUCAAGCACUUGCCCCGACGCAGAAAGCAACGUGGACCCAUGUGGAGCCAGACCCAACCGUCACAACUGGGCUAAGAUGCAGUGCAGCAUCAUCACCGGAAAGACUUUCCAACUGUGUCACAAGAAGGUAGACCCUAGUCUGUACUUUGAGAACUGUGUGAAAGACUCCUGUGCCUGUGAUACUGGCGGAGACUGUGAGUGUUUCUGUACAGCUGUAGCAGCCUACGCCCAGGCCUGCACCGAAGCUGGAGUCUGUGUUGCAUGGAGAACACCAGAAAUUUGUCCUGUGUUCUGUGACUACUACAACGAUCCAGGUGAAUGUGAAUGGCAUUACAGCCCUUGCCACACACCUUGCUUCAAGACCUGUCUGAAUCCAAAUGGGACCUGUGACAACCCUCUUCCCAAUCUGGAAGGUUGUUACCCACAAUGCCCUCCAGAUAGGCCAAUAUUUGAUGAAGAGACCGGGGAGUGUGUUGAGGAAUGCCCACCAACAGGCCCAUCAACAACAACCCCCCAGUCAACCACACCAACACCAACAACAACACAGUGGACACCAACAACUACCACAUUGACAACAGAACCUCCAACAACAUCACCAAUGCCACCAACAACAACACAAACACCACCAACAACCACACCACCACCAACAACAACCACACCAAAGCCACCAACACCACCAACAACAACCACACAAACACCAACAACCACACCAAUUCCACCAACAACAACCACACCAAUACCACCAACAACUACCCCCCAGACACCAGAGCCAACAACUACUCCUUGUAUUCCUACCUGUGAGUGGUCAGAAUGGUAUGAUGAAGAUGAUGAUAAAGACAAGAGUGACUGGGAAACAUAUUGGAAUAUCACGCAGAGUGGAAAAGAAGUGUGUGAAGAUCCACAGGAUAUUGAAUGUGUAGCUACACACUAUCCAAAUACAAGUUUAGAGGACUAUGUAGCUUCGACAGGCCAAGUUGUGGAGUGCGAUGUUGACUUCGGGUUAAUAUGUGAAGAAAAUAAACAAACUCAGAGACCAUUUAAGUGCUUUAACUAUAAGAUUAGAGUCCUCUGUUGCGUUGAAUGUUUAACAACAACACCAACAACAACACCACCAACAACAACUCCACCAACAACAACAACACCAAUACCACCAACAACAACACCAAUACCAACAUCAACUACACCACCAACAACAACAACAACACCAACACCAACAUCAACAACACCAACAACAACACCACCAACACCAUCAACAACAACAACACCAACAACAACAACACCAACAACCACACCAAUACCACCAACAACAACCACACCAAUACCACCAACAAUAACCACACCAACAACAACACCAAUACCACCAACAACAACAACACCAAUACCACCAACACCAACAACAACACCAAUACCACCAACAACAACAACACCAAUAACACCAACACCAUCAACAACACCAAUACCACCAACAACAACAACACCAAUACCACCAACACCAACAACAACACCAACAACAACAACACCAACAACACCAUCAACAACAACAACAACACCAACAACAACAACAACAACCACACCAAUACCACCAACAACAACAACACCAAUACCAACAACACCAUCAACAACACCAAUACCAACAACAACAACAACACCAAUACCACCAACACCAACAACAACAACACCAACAACAACCACACCAAUACCACCAACAACAACAACACCAAUACCACCAACAACAACAAUACCUACAACAACAAAACCACCACCAACAACAACAACAACUCCAAUUCCACCAACAACAACAACACCAAUACCACCAACAACAACACCAAUAACAACAACAACAACACCACCACCACCAACAACAACAACAACAACAACAACAACAACAACAACACCAAUACCAACAACAACCACACCAAUACAACCAACAACAACAACAGCAAUACCUACAACAACAACACCAAUACCACCAACAACAACACCAAUACCAACAACAACAACACCAAUACCAACAACAACAACAACACCACUAACAACCACACCAAUUCCACCAACACCAUCAACAACACCAAUACCAACAACAACAACACCAAUACCAACAACAACAACAACACCAAUACCACCAACAACAACCACACCAAUACCCCCCGAAACAACCACACCAAUACCACCAAAAACAACAACAGCCCCACCAACAACAACAACACCACCAACACCAUCGACAACAACACCAAGAACAACAACACCAACAACAACAACAACACCAAUACCACCAACAACACCAACAACAACAACAACAACACCAGUACCACCACCAACACCACCAACACCAUCGACAACAACACCAAGAACAACAACACCAACAACAACAACAACAACACCAAUAUCACCAACAACAACCACACCAAUACCACCAACACCAUCAACAACACCAAUACCAACAACAACAACACCAAUACCACCAACAACAACACCAACAACAACAACACCAACAACAACAACACCAACAACAACCACACCAUUACCACCAACAACAACACCACCAACACCACCAACAACACCAACACCACCACAAACAACAACAUCAACCACACCAAUGCCAACACCAACAACACCAACACCACCAACAACAACAACACCAAUACCAACACCACCACCAACAACAACCACACCAAUACCACAACCACCAACAACAACAACACCAGUACCACCAACAACAACCACACCAACAACAACAACAACAACACCAGUACCACCACCAACAACAACACCAGUACCACCAACAACAACAACCACACCAACAACAACACCACAUCCACCAACAACAACAACCACACCAACAACAACACCAAUACCACCAACAACAACACCAACAACAACCACACCAAUACCACCAACAACAACACCACCAACAACCACACCACCACCAACAACAACACUACCACCAACAACUACCACACCAUUACCACCAACAACAACCACACCUAAACCACCAACUACAACGGAAGCCAUAACUCUAACCACAACCCCAACGACAACAGAAGAAUCAACCACAACCCCCAGGACAACUGAAAAACCAACCACAACCCCAACAACAACAGAAGAACCAACCACAACCCCAACAACAACAGAAGAAUCAACCACAACCCCCAGGACAACUGAAAAACCAACCACAACCACCCCUGUCAUAGACACCACAACCACUAAAGCUCCUACAACAACACCUAAACCACCAACUACAACAGAAGCCACAACUCCAAUGACAACCACAUCACCAACAACCCAUGAAUCGGUUGUCACUGGUCCUCCAAUAACACCAGAACAUCAAGUCAGUUCAAUACCAACCACAACUGGGUCACCAACCCCUCCACCAAUCACUUGUCCUGAGUGGGACAAAGUGCAAAAUGAAACUUUCUGGCUCUGCAACUGCACUUUGGCCAUAUGCAUUGAAAACAACACCAUUGAGAUAAUUCCGUAUGAAUGCCCAGAGCCUGAGCCAAUCACAUGUACCAAUGGCAAGAAACCAGUGCUACAAUGGGAUGAGUUCUACUGCUGCCAACGAUUCGUGUGUGACUGCGUCUGUGAGGGUUGGGGAGACCCCCAUUACAUCACCUUCGACGGGCUCUUCUACAGCUUCCAAGGGAACUGUACCUAUGUGCUGAUGGAGGAGAUGUUGCCGCGUCACCACUUCAAGAUCUACAUCGACAAUGUCAACUGUGAUCCCACCGAGGACGUGUCUUGUCCUCGAUCCAUCAUCGUGUCCUACCACUCAACAGUUAUAACACUGAAGAAUCACAACCUCAUUGGAGCUGCUCAGUUGGAGGCUCUUAUUGAUGGAGUUUCCCUGAGACUACCCUUCACGCGGCACGGUGUGAAGGUGAUGAACUCUGGUAUCAACAUGGUCUUGGAGAUAGCACACCUCCAGGUGGUAGUUACCUUUGGAGUCACUGGCUUCAGCGUCAACCUUCCUUGGCAACACUUUGGCAACAAUACACAGGGUCAUUGUGGAACAUGUAGCAACAACCAGGCUGAUGACUGCAUGUUGCCUGGAGGUCAGCUGGUGGAGAACUGUGCUGUGAUGGCAGACUACUGGCCAGCCAAGGACCUCUACCAACCUGAAUGCCAUGUGCCACCUGGAAUCCCCACCAACUCUCCUCUCCCUGAACCCACACAGAAGCCAUGCAAGCCAGACUCCUCUGUCUGUGAUCUCCUGAAGGACAGCAUUUUUGCAGCCUGUCAUCCAUUUGUCUCACCUGACAACUUCUACACGGGCUGUGUCUAUGACAGCUGCCACGUGUCCAACCCAGCGGUGGAGUGCACCAGUCUGCAGACAUACGCUGCUGCCUGUGCCCAGUUUGGAGUAUGCAUCUACUGGAGAAACCACACCGAGCUCUGUGCCAGCGACUGUCCAGCUGACAAAGUCUACAAGCCCUGCGGUCCUGCAGAACAGCCAACCUGUGAUGACAAUCCAGACGAGUCUAGGAUGAACUUCACCACAGAAGGCUGCUUCUGUCCUGAUGGGAUGAAACUCUUCAACAAGGACUCAGGGAUCUGUGUUGAUAAGUGUGGAUGCAUUGACCCUGAAGGAGUUCCACGAGAGUUCAACGAGAGGUUUGAGUACAAGUGCCAGGACUGCGUUUGUUUGGAAUCCACCAAGACUGUGAACUGUAAACCCAAGGUCUGCUCCAAACCACCAGUAGAGAUAUGCACUGGACCAGGCUUUGUAUAUGUCAACCAAACCGAUCCAUCCGAUCCAUGCUGCUCUAACCUCGCCUGCCGUUGUGAAAGCAGCACUUGCCCACCUACCAACAUGAACUGUCCUAUUGGGUUCGUGCCAGUGGUUUCAGUCCCUGAGGGGAAAUGCUGUCCGGAACACACAUGUGAGCCUAAAAGAGUUUGUCUUCACAAAGGCAUGGAAUACCUGCCCAAUUCUAAAGUACCGGGAUCAGAGUGCCAGGAGUGCACCUGCACCAACAAAGUGGACCCCAAGUCUGGUCAUUACCAAAUUGACUGUGGAUUCAUGCAAUGUGAUGAAGAUUGUGAAAAGGGAUAUGAGUACCAGGAGCCAGACUACUCCUCAGAUGACUGCUGUGGUAAAUGUGUUCAGACCCACUGUGUCCUCCAGAUCAAUGGGACCAAGCAGUUGUUGAAGCAUGGAGAUACAUGGUCUGCUCCUGGUGACAAGUGCCAGCAGUACAGCUGUGUGAAAAACGGUGAUAGUUAUCUGACCCAGAGCUCCAACAUCCAUUGCCCACCCUUCCAGCAGGCCAACUGCCAGCCUGGUUCAAUUCAGACCGCUGCAAACGGCUGCUGUAGAAUUUGUGUGGAGAAGGACAAGGCCUGUAAGGUAGGAUCCAUGAAGAGUUUCAUCAACCACAAGAGCUGCCAGUCUGUUGAGGAGGUGGAGAUGCCGUACUGUGAGGGAUCCUGCAACACCUUCACCAAGUACUCUGCCAUGGCUGCGUCUCUGGACCACUCGUGUGCCUGUUGCCAGGAGUCCCGGUCCAGUAACCGCACGGUGGACCUACGGUGUCUGAAUGGAGAUGUGGUGCCCUACACUUACCUACACGUGGAGGAGUGUAGCUGCAGACACAGCGACUGCAACAGAGCCAUUAGGGUGCCUGCCCGCAGGACACGCAGCAACACGCUGGUGUAAAUGGGAUCUGUACUAAUACAGAUGGGAAUGGUCCAGCACCAAUCCAUUCGCUGCUUACUAAGGAACACCCUGCUACCCUGCUUCACACGGCUGUUAUUUAUCUAAUCGCUUUGAUUUAUAUGUCAAAUGAAGAUUAAAUUAUAUUUACAAUGUAGAAAUGUAUGCUUACUUAUCUUAUUAAAAUGCAACCUUCAAAUAC